CCAAUCCAGUAGAUGGCGGUAACGCGCCUUUCGGCCACCUUGAACUUGAACGCAAAGAUUUCCCGUCAGCCGCUGGCCCAGCGAAUUUUUGCACAUUUUAACAUUUGAACCAAGUCGAGCGACGGCGUCGAGUUCAGCGUGUCAAUCGUCACUUUUGUCCUCCUGUCUGCGUUUCUUCACCUAAACCGUAGGGUAGGAUACGGCUUGUAGUCAAGACCGGUGUGACGGUCUGAGCGCUCCCCCCACCCCCGUGCUGAAAAGUCUCCUUGUGAUGAAUGCGCAUGCGUCACUAACGGGAACUCUUGGGUCGCGAGAUGGCAACCGUCAGGUUUGGGAGCAGCAUUGGGUCGUCCCCGCUGGCCCACUCUGCACAGGCUUCUUUGAUCAAAGAAGCCGAUGAAAAUGACGACUUCGAUCCAGAUAAACUCUGCCAGUGUCCGUUUGAUAAGAGCCACCAAAUCCGCGCUUGUCGCCUCUCGUACCACCUGUUGAAAUGCAAAAAGAACCAUCCACAACUGGCCAAGGAGCUGAAAACCUGCCCCUUCCAUGCGUGCCACCUGGUCCCGAAGCACGAGCUCGGCCACCACAUGGAAACCUGUCCCAACAGGGUCCGAGCGGGCACAGCGACGGGUACAACUGAAGAAUGGAGAAAAUGGAAGGUUCCGGUCAACCUGCACUCCGUGUGCACCGGCGGCAUGACCGAAGACUGGGAUAAAGAAGUCGACGAGGCCGCAACUCCGUUUAUUUGGAGCAAAGGUGGUUUGGCGUCCCUGGAUCAGUAAUGCGACGCCGAGGCCUCCGACGCCGUCGGGUCGCCGCUGCGAGGAGCUUUUUUCUCUCCCGUGGUAGUUUAAAAAUGUCAUUUUAUCGGUUGCUGUUGGGAGCAUUGGAAUGUUUGUUUUAUUUUUUUAUUUUUAUCUAUCUCGCUUUUCUUUAUUGAUCAUCCUGCAUAAUAUUUGUGUGAAAUCAUACAUCGUCAACAAAUAUAAAAGUGUUAAUGUUUGCCAAUGUUUGGAGUGGAAAAUAAAAAAAAAAAAAUAAAAGUUAAUUGGAUGACACUAAA